AUCUUGCCCAGAUUAUCCGGCCAGCUACAUUCAACCUGCGCCCAGCUGAUCUUUCUCGUCCAUCCACACCACUGCGUCGCGAUGUCUGUCCUUCCACCGACGUACUUGGUGGCGCUGAUCCUGGUGUUCAUCCUCGUCCGCCUCCGUCGUAUCCUCGGUCUUCCGUCGCUGCUUCUGGACGGCGUGGCGUUCUAUAUGCCGCCCACGGCAGCGGUCCUCGACUCGCUCAACACGCCCGAGGUAGCCAAGGCCAAGCACCAGAAACCCCAAAAGACUGUGGGUGAGCGGCUGCAGGCCAUGCAGCUGACCAUGUCGCCCAUCACCACGCACGCGAUGACCAAGUGUUUGUUCUUUGACUUGUACGACACGCUCGUGACGGCCACAGUGUCGUCCGUCGUCGUGUUUGCGUACAUGCAGGUGUUGCCGGCCUCAACGCCCGACCCGAGCUACUACCUCUUGCUCGUGUCGCUGGUGUUGUCGCUGGGGUUCCCAUUCUUCAUCCAGUACGGCAUGUCGUCCUCGUACGAAAAGCAGCUUGGGUUUGGCGUGGCCGUGCUUGGCACGAUCGUCGCGCUGUUCAGUCUGUACGCGCCUCCCUCCCUUCAACUGCUCGACUUUGACGUCGAAGGCGCCGCCGCUUCCAUGGACGGUCGGUGGCAGGUCCUUCUCAGCGCCAUGGGCAUGCCGAGCACGUCGUCCGCUUGGAAGACCCACUGGCUCAUGUGCCUCCUCGCGGUGCUGGCGGGCCUUGUGUCGUCGGCGACACUCUUGCCCGCGCUUCGGUUUGCGAAAAUGUACUCGGAUUUCAUUGCUUCCAAGGCCAUUUCUCCGUCUUGGAAGAUCGUGCUGCACCUCAACAUGCUGCUGCCGGUCGUUCUCACGUGGGCAUGGCUGCGUCCGGUGGCCAGCUCGCUACUGCUCGGCGAUGACGCCGUCAUCUGCCCGACGUCGGACUCUUCGUCGUUUUCGUGGAUCGCGCCGCGGGACUGCGGCGAUCGGCGGCUGUCGUGGCUGUCCGAGUCGACCUUUCGCAACCUCCGUGUGCAUGUCCUCGUUGCCGCUGCCCUCGUCCGCCUCGCGUGUUACCGUAGCCACUUGCAAUACUUUUUGCUCGAGCCCAAGCAUAAAGUGACCGCGCAACUGCUGCUCCAAGGUCGGGUGGACACCCAAGCCAUCACGGACACGAUCGUGGGGCCGUUCAGAAACCUCCCCGUGAUCUGCGUGCAGUAUUUGGCCCCCGUGGGGCUGUGGCUAUCGGCGGCGCUGCUGUUCCAGCGCAAGGCCGGGCACUGUUUGUACUGGAUGGAUAUCUUGGCCCAGGUAGGGAACCCCAUCCCACCGUCCUUGCUCUGUGCCGCUCAAGUCACGGACCUGCUGCCGACCACGCCGUUGUUUGCGUUUGAGCACAGUCAAGUGCUGGGCUGGCCAGAGUUUGAAGCGCUCCUCCACGGAUUGAGGGAAUUUCCACUGGCGGAACCAUUGUGGUACCAAAGUGUGCUCGGGUUUGUCGUGUGGUGGAGCGCGCUGUCGUGGUGUGUGCUCAGUGCCGUGGGCCUUGUGUACUGGCGCCAAGCUGCGGGGUUGCAACGGCCGUGGAUCAAAGCCAAAACCCAUUAACAUAGUCUAAUAUGGGAUAAACUAGUUUGUGGCGCCGACUGAUGUACACUACUUCAAAAGACUACC